AAUCAUCAUAUAUUCUCGAAUCCAAUAAGCUACACUCCACCACGACCUCCGCCGCACGCCACGCGCCCUCGCGUCGCUGACCGUCAUAAAACCCGACCCGGCCCGCAAAGAUGGACAGGUCUAAUCUCCAGAGGCGGGUCAAGAUGAACGAAUCCAAGUACGAGUACGCCGACGAAGACCAAAACGACGACGCACAGGGGACGAGGAUGCGGCCGUCGGAGAGCAACGUCACCGAGGAUCAGGAGCCGUUUAUGGGAGUCAAGGUCCGCCGGAAAGCCUCGUUUCGCCGCGAUUUCAAGGGCGACUACAUCAACGUCCGGUCCAAUCAGUACUUGAUGAAAAUCCUGGAGAAGCAAGGUGACAAGGAGGUUUUGUUUGCUGAUAAAGUGUUGAAAUUCACUAAUACUGGGAAGAUGAAGCGGCGGAUUUUGAUGAUCACUGAUUUUGCUAUCUACAUUGUUGAUCCUGAGGCCGAUGCGCUGAAGCGGAGGAUAGCGCUUGCGGCUGUGGAGAAGAUGUGCUUGAGUGAAUUGAGUGAUAAUUUUUUCGUAGUAGUUAUUCCCACGGAGUAUGAUCUGCUCAUGGCUAGUACUCGCAAGACGGAAAUCGUUACUGUCUUGGUUGAGGCUACUAAGAGUGCUUCUGAUUACGGAGUUGAAGUUUGUUUCGCUAACAGUUUUGAGUAUAAUGCAGGCGCAGAGUUGGUGAAGGAGGUUCAGUUUGAAGAAGUUGAAGGAGGUGUUAAAACAAGAAUUCUGAGGAAGUGAUUGCAGGGCCAGCAAAGGUUGUAGGUUAUUACACUCCGCUGGGGUUCGGUUCUGAGCUUUGUAGAGAUGAAUCAUUCUUUAUCUAUUGCGUGCCAAGGUUCUGCUCAGCAUCAAGUUCAACCUCACAGGAACUAUUGUCUUCUAUUCUCAUUUGUGUGAUUCUUAUACUGGAAAAGGUAGAUGUAACUGUUUGAGACUUUUAGCCAGUUUGCUCUGGAUGUAUGAAAUCAUUGAUGUCAUUGAUCAUAAAAUAUUUCAGAAUGAAGAAAGAUUGUUUGCCAAUUGCAGAUUCUGCCUUUCUUCAAUCUAUUUCUCACAAUCGGAGAUUUUGUGUAAUUG